AUGUCCGAUCCAGCCCAUCCGGAUCAGGUAUCUCUUCCUUCUUCAGGAUCGGGGCCCCUCGAAUCGCUCUCUGCGAUCCCAACUUCAGAUGCAGGAACCUCGACGCCUACCAGUCCUGCGAUCUCAGAUGCCUCCAACGUGCCGGUGACCGAUUGUGAUCGCUCGGCUGUGGUGACGUCGGCCCAGAUGGGGGAAGGCUCUGGUUGGCUUUACAUCGCGAUCCCUCUGUAG